AAAGAUCGAUCUGUACAGUGGUUUACCUGUCAGUUUGUAAACGGUAUCCAAUAAACACUACCCGUAUUCUUAUCCAAUCAAAAAAUCUAUAACAGUUACACAGAUAAUCUAUCCAAUCGCCACCCGUUUAACACGUUUACCUGCUCAGGUGAACGAAAACAACAACAAGCAAGUAUAUUCGUGACAUUAAACAGAGAAUAGAAAACUAUUUACGCAUUUAUCGAAAAAUGGCGGAUCAAGAACACAGCGAGGAACAGAUAGAAGUUUGGCGACAGUCGUUCGAUAUUUUCGACAAGAAUAAGGAUGGUCACAUCAGUCUACGUGAACUGGACACCGUGGUCCGGAGCAUGGGCCUUAAUCCCACCAUGAAAGAUCUCCGGACAUUUAUAAAAGAGGUUGACCAGAAUCGUGAUGGUAAAAUUCAAUUUGAAGACUUCAAGAUUUUAAUGUCCAAAAUUUACGUCUCACAAACACCAGAAGAACAACAAAAAGACAUUGAGGGAGCCUUCAAGAUAUUCGAUAAAAAUGGAAACGGUGUGAUCGAGCGGGCGGAGCUUCUGAGAAUAGCGACGACGCUAGGAGAACCGCUGACAGAGGAGGAGGCGGAGCAGAUGAUCCGGAUAGCGGACGCCAAUAAAGACGGAUUAAUUGAUUACAAAGAAUUUACAAAGUUCAUUACAAGACCCGUCCUGAAUACUACUCCACUGGGGCACCAUAUUCUCAAAAAAGCCCAGCUUAGUCCCGCGGAUGCUGAAGAGCUUAUUGACACUUUUGAGAUCUUCGACAAAAACCACGAUGGCACAAUAUCUGUGGACGAGCUGGGGUCAAUUCUAAGAGCUCUAGGUCAAAAUCCAUCGCAGGCAAAGGUAGACGAGAUCAUGAAAAGGGCCGACAAAAAUGGCGAUGGGGUAUUAAGUAAAGCAGAGUAUGUCAGUUUGAUAUCGAGCUACAUGGUAGACCCAGAAGUCGUCAGAGCCGAAUUAAGGGAAGCCUUUAUGACCUUUGAUAAAUCAAAGAAAGGUUACCUAAACCUUCAACAGAUGACCAAAGCACUACGGUGUUUAGGAGAACCUCUAUCAGACAUAGAAAUAAAACAAUUAAUGAAAUUAGCGGACACCAAUAACGACGGCAAAAUUGAUGUUGAUGAAUUUGUUGAAUGCCUUUGUAAACGGAUCUGAUCCAUGGAGUUCGACAGAUGUCUCUUUAACCCGGAGGACGAGAUAAGUCUUCCGGAAUUCUACCAAAAGUACCGGCAGUGUUUACCGAUGCUGGUGGUCGUUGUUGGAGGACACAAUGGAACAACGGAGUUUGACGACACGCCCAGUGACACCAUAAUACGAUACAACAAAUUCCAAAGUGUCAAAAGAGCCCUAGCGCAGGACCCCAAGACGAGGCGGAAUUACAUCAGCAUUCCUGUCAACGCGAAAUAUAAAUUCAACGUCAUCAAAUCAAUUUCCACCAAGAAUAAAGCUGACCACACACUGGCUGAGAUCUUGGACACGUACCCGUUACCUGUACUUAUACAAUUCUCCGAGUCUCAGGAGAUUCCCUCCGAGGGCAGAAACAGGGAAGGGACGCCCUAUCAGCUUCUUAUUACGCACGUGUACGAGGAAGUUUUCAUACAAGGGAAUUUUAUCACGGAAGGCAAGAUAACCAAACAUCCGUCCAGUUUUAGCCUGUGUCCACUAAUCUCCGUGGCCCCGAUACAAGGUUUUACUGACCGCACAAAGAAGGAGUACGAUAAAUACCUCAAGAAGCUAGAGGGUUACGUCAACAAAAACACCGUGUUUGCUGAAAGUCAAUGCAAUUUAGCAAUCAAGAUUCUAAAACCCGAUGCAGAUGAACUUAAAGACGUUCUCCAAACUUACCAAAACGAGACUACUGUGAGCCACCCCCCUCCUUCAAUUCCUGUCAGAGGGCAGUCGCUCAAGAAAGCAAGACAGGAAGGGGAUGAUGAUGAUGGGGAGGAUUACGAGGUCAUGGAACAGCCAAUGGAAGAGGUCGACACAUAUCGGGUAGCGGCAGCGGCGGGAACGCCGAGUUACGUCAACGAUAGGUUGUGUCAAGUGAAACCAUUGGUUGCUGGACAGGAUGAUGCAGACGACGAUGAAGGGGACAUGUAUGAACCAAUGGAAAACCCUGACGAAAAUACAACUCCUUCAAAACCUGUUGUGAUCAGUAAACCUGAAGAGACCCCUCCCUCUAGACCUGCAGAAAAGCCUAACGUACGGGGUAGAUCCUUACCAAAUGCAGGUGCCCCGACUCCUAAAGACAUAACGCCUCCUGCUCGUGAAAGGGGGCAUUCAACGUCCUGUGUGGACGAACCCUGUAAAAAGCCUUUUGUAACAAACACCUCUAACGCAUUCGAUAUAGAAGAGAAAAGUAUACAAGAUAUCGGAAAUGUGUUACGCAGUUUGCGUUUGAAUAAAUAUGUGGAAAAGUUUGAAGAAGAAAUGGUUGACGGUGAAAUAUUAGCGGGACUAAGUGUUGAAGAUCUGCAGAAAGAGUUUAAUUUUUCGAAACUGGAGGCUAUGCGACUUUUCAAGUAUAUUGAAAAAGGACAUAUUCCUAAAUGAUUACUGAUUACAUAUCAUUACAGAGCUAUUUGAGAAGUGUGAAUUGACAGAAGAUGAUAUCAUUACAGCUGGCCUGUAAUUAGAAGGUUCUUUUCCAAGGAUAGAAAUGUUAGGAACAAAACUUUCUUCUUCUCUGUUUAAUCUUAUUGGACAAUACAUUUUAACAAAUAUUUUAUGUUUCCUCAUAAACCAGGUUUGACCCCACGCGAAUUGGUUCGGUUGGUCAGUGACGAAAUUACUACUAAUAGUAUUGCCUCAAGAUUGUUAAAAAAGUAACAGGAGUUAACACUAUAACAGAUGAAAAAAGUUAAUGGAUUGACAUUUGAAAAGAAUCACUGCAACACCAAGAUGAGAGGCGGAUCCAGUAAUUUUGGUGGGGUGUAUCUGGGGACAGACAAGGAUCUAGAAGCAGUUGAUCAUAAAUAUCAUUAAAAUAAAUCUAUGUUCUCUUUCAAUUGAA